AAAAAACAAAAAGAGUAAAACACAUAGAGAUACAAUGUUUUUCUCCAAGGAUCUUCCCUCACCUACAUCGUUCUUCACAGCUUACGCAUCAAUGGCUGGUUACAUGAUGAUGAUACGUUCAAUGGCUCACCAGCUCAUCCCAGGCCCUGUCCAAGAUUUCAUCUACUCUUCUCUACACUCUCUCCUCUUCCGCUCUACUUCAACAACUUUGACUCUAACCAUCGACGACGACAACAUGGGCAUGCACAACGACAUCUACCAAGCCGCUCAGACUUAUCUCUCAACCAAGAUCACUCCAGACACAGCCAGGCUAAGAAUCAGCAAAGGACACAGAGACAAACAUGUCAACUUGUAUCUCAGCCACGGAGAAACCGUCAACGAUGUGUACCAAGACGUGGAGAUAAAAUGGAGGUUUAUUACAGAUGGUGGAGACAAGAAAGGAGAUGAAGACGGUAGAAGCGACUACUUCGAGCUGAGUUUCGACAAGAAACACAAAGACAUGAUCCUAAACUCUUACAUUCCUCACAUAGAGACCAAAGCUAAAGAGAUCAGAGACGAGAGGAGAGUCUUGAUGCUGCAUUCUCUCAACAAUCUCUGGUGGAGUUCAGUUAUCCUCGACCAUCCUUCAACCUUUCAGACAAUAGCUAUGGAUGAUGAGGUCAAGCGUGACGUCAUCGACGAUCUUGAUAGGUUCAUUAGAAGGAAAGAUUAUUACAAGAAGGUAGGGAAAGCUUGGAAGAGGGGUUACUUGUUGUACGGACCACCGGGAACAGGGAAGUCUAGUUUGGUUGCAGCAAUGGCUAAUUACCUCAAGUUUGAUGUCUAUGAUCUUCAGCUCUCGAGUGUGAUGCGUGACUCUGAUCUAAGGAGGCUCUUACUUGCUACACGUAACCGAUCGAUUCUUGUGGUAGAAGAUAUUGAUUGUGCAGUUCCCAACAGGUUGGAGCAGCAACAGCUUGGUGAAGGCAAGAACUGUGACGACUCUCAGGCACCUUUGACGUUAUCAGGGCUACUGAAUUUCAUAGACGGGUUAUGGUCAAGCUGUGGAGACGAGCGGAUUAUAAUAUUCACGACUAACCAUAAAGACAGGCUUGACCCAGCAUUGCUACGUCCAGGUCGUAUGGACAUGCACAUUUACAUGGGACAUUGCUCUUUCCAAGGAUUCAAGACCUUAGCCUCUAACUACUUGGGCUUGAACGACACAACAAUGCCACACCGUCUAUUCCCGGAGAUAGAGAGAUUGAUCGACGGUGGAGUGAUCACACCGGCACAAGUUGCAGAGGAGCUGAUGAAAAGCGAGGAUGCUGACAUGGCGCUUGAGGGUUUGGUGAAUGUUUUAGAGAAGAUGAGAUCUGAUGAAUCGAGUCCGGUUAUGAAGAAGAAGGAGAGUAGAUUGGAGAUGGAGGAGAUGAGAGUAAGGCGUGAUACUGAGGGUUCUCCUAGGAAGAGCAGCAAAAGCAUCAAGAAACUUGUUCUGUUUUGGACCUAAGACGUGUGCCAGAGAUUUUAAUGGUCCAGUAUUAGUUCAAAUAAGAUAAUGAGAGAAAAUACAGACCCAAAGGCUUACUAUGGUUUUAGUAGAAAAUUAAGUAAAUCUUUUUGUCUAUCAAAUGUGCAUGGACAAAAUUCAAUUAUGCAGAAAGAUAGUUGAUCAAAUAAAAAAAAUGAAGAAGUGAAUGCCCGUACAGUAAAACCUCUAUAAAUUACUAAUGUUGAGACUUGGAAAUUUU